ACGAUGAUGACGUCCGUGUGUUCUUCAAAAUGUUUCCCCCUGUUAAUCUAAACGUAAUGAACAAGGGGACCUGCUGACUGUUUAUAAUGUGUUGUGAUUGAGAUACUAACCCACCAAACAUACUGGAAAGUGACAAAGUGACGUUUUCCGCUCUAAAUGACACAACUACACGGUCGCCAUCAUUAAACUAACUGGACGCUGUUUGACUCUCGCACUCCCCGGGAGGGAAGCCGUUUUCUGGGGGAAAGGUCACUGAAGUCUCGGUUGGGGGUGCUGACCGUCACCGUGAGACAAGUAACUACAGCAACACAAUCGUGGAAGGAGACAAAAACUUGUUCCCUCCAGUCAUGCAGCUGGUGAUCCGCCGCUACCGUCCCUCAGACAAGGACACAGUGUUAUCCCUGUUCAGCGUCACCACCCUUGGGCUCAUCCAACCAUGUUUUAAAAUGGCCAUAUUAAGCCCUCUGUACAUGGCCAUCACUCUGGCUCUGUGUGUUGCUGGCUACCUCCUCGGCGCUGUGUUGGGGGCAGUGGUGUUACCAGGAGCCUGGGUGGGCGUUAUCUACUGCUGCUGCCAUGCGAUAUAUUCAGGUUACCUCAGAAAUAAACUCAAGACAGACAUGCAGGACAUCCCUGGGAACUUUCUGAGCAGACCGGACGACUGUUACUGGGUGGCAGAGGCUGAGGUUGAAGGGAUUGCCAAGAUCGUGGGUAUGGUGGCCGUGGUGGGUCAACAAAGUGGUGACGAACGAUACGGGGAACUGUUCAGGAUGAGCGUCUCACCAACAUGCAGACGAAUGGGCAUUGGUGUCAGGCUGACUGAGACUGUGUUUGACUUCUGUAAGGAACGAGGCUUUUCUGCGGUGGUGCUGAGCACCAGCUCCCCUACACAAGCUGCCGUGGCUCUGUACAAGAAACUGGGCUUCAGCCUGGUCCCGUAUGACAACAAAUCAUCAGCUUACUCUUGGAUCUUAAUGCUUGCCAGGGUCACAGUGUUUAGAAUGAAGAAACAGCUGUAGGUCUGGAAUAACACUGAACAGCUACGGUGACGUUCCUGUUAUGUUCCUCUUUAUCAGUGAUUUAAGCCCAUGAAUCGAUGAUGUUUUACCCAAAUUAUAACUGCAAUUAAUCCAUAUAUAAUCCUUGCCUACAAAUCUUGUUUUCCAGUUAUAGAAAACAUGAUUGUUUGGUGCUGACCUAAACAAAAUUCACAUCAUCGUGAUUUUAAUUUUUUUUUUUCUUACAAAUCAUGAAUCAGAUCACAAUCAAAAUAUCAAAUAUUCACCAUAUUGAUGUAAGUAUGAAUCACCCAAACAGCCUUUUGGUUUUGCUGAAUGUAUUUGUGGGAUGUUUAGCAAGUCUUUUAAUGUUUUUACCUUGAAAAUAAAAAUUGUGAUGUCAUUAAUCACAAAUCCAA